AUGACCAGAGUGAGAUCUAUUCUGGCUGUGGCAGCAAUAGAAAAUUGGCAUGCGUGCCAAAUGGAUGUCAAGAAUGCCUUCCUCCAUGGAGACUUGGAAGAAGAUCUGUACAUGACAAUGCCACCAGGAUACACAGGGUGGAAUUCUCAAAUCAAGGUUGAUAAGAACUAUGAAACACCUCCUAAGACAAGAAAAGUGUGCAAACUCAAGAAAUCCCUGUAUGGAUUGAAACAGGCACCAAGACAAUGGUUUGCCAAACUGUCCAAUGCCCUGAUGGAAUUUGGUUUCAGUCAGUCCAAAACUGACUACACAUUGUUCACUCAGUGCAAGGGUGAGUCCUUCAUUGCUCUCCUAGUCUAUGUGGAUGAUCUCCUCAUAGUGGGAAAUGAUGAGAAACUGAUUCAAGAAGUCAAACUCAUGCUGUCAUCUCAUUUUCAUAUGAAGGAUUUGGGUGAUGUCAGGUAUUUUUUGGGGAUUGAAAUAGACAGAAGUGCUCAAGGUUUUUUCUUGUCUCAGAGGAAAUACACUCAAGACAUUGUGAAAGAAUAUGGUAUUCACAAGGAAAAACCAGUGAGGGUUCCCUUGGAACCACACCUGAAACUCACACCUGAACUAGGUGAUGUGUUACCUGUGGCAACAGAGUAUCAAAGGUUGGUAGGGAGAUUGAUCUACCUUACUAUAACCAGACCAUAUAUUGCCUAUGCAGUCUAUAUUCUCAGUCAGUUCAUGCACAAAUCCACCACAGUGCAUAUGCAAGCAGCAAAGAGACUCCUCAGAUACUUGAACUUGUGCCAAGGUCAGGGCAUAUUACUGACAUCUGAUUCUGCUGUUGUUCUUACACCAUACUAUGAUAGUGAUUGGGCAGGAUGCCCCAUGUCCAGAAGAUCCACUACAGGGAUCUGUGUUCUGCUGGGUGAUUCACCUAUCUCAUGGAAAGCUAAAAAGCAACAAGUUGUGGCCAGGUCCUCUGCAGAAGCAGAAUAUAAGGCAUUGACUUUAACUACAUGUGAAGUAACAUGGAUCAAACAACUCCUUAAGGACCUAGGACUCAAACACCUAGGGCCUACCAUACUGAAAUGUGACAACAAAGCAGCCAUCUCAAUUGCUGCCAAUCCAGUUCACCAUGAGAGAACAAAACAUGUUGAAUUGGACUGCCACUUCAUAAGAGACAAGAUCACUGAUGGUUCCAUUGCUACUCAAUUUGUCCCAUCUCAAUUCCAAGUGGCUGACUUGUUCACAAAACCUAUGUCUAUUGGUCAGCUAUCUACACUUCUACCCAAGCUUGGAGUUGUGACUCCAACUACAACCUUGAAGGGGAGUGAUGAAAUAUGA